AAUUGCUGUGGUUUUUACACCGAUUGCUCCUCAUUUGUGUCUGUUGGUUUGAUAGGGUGUUGACUGUGGCCCCCAAGAUGCCUAAAGCUGCAUCCAAGGGAGCCAAGCUGGUGUACCCUGCGGGGUGCAAGGAAGUCUCUGGAGACAUGAACAAGGAAGAACUGGUCAAGAGACUGAAGGCAUUGGCUAGGGCCUUUCAGGACAUGGGACAGGAUGAUAAUGAGAAGUACACGGAAUUGGCCCUCCACCUUGCCUCAGAGUUCUUCAUAGAUCACAGCAGCAAGGAUGUGCGCCUGCUUGUGGCCUGCUGCAUUGCGGACGUGUUCAGAAUUUUUGCUCCAGAGGCACCAUACACCAAUCAGGAUCAGUUAAAGGAAAUUUUCCUGUUUUUGAUCAAGCAGCUACGGGGACUGGAUGACCCAGAGGCACCACAGUUCAAGAGAUAUUUUUACCUUCUAGAGAACCUUGCCUGGGUUAAGUCAUUCAAUAUCUGCAUUGAAUUGGAGGACAACCAGGAAAUUUUCUGCAGUCUCUUCAAACUGAUGUUUGACAUAAUCAAUGACAAGCACACGGCCAAAGUGAAGAACUUUAUGCUGGACAUGAUGUGUCCUCUCAUAGCUGAGGCAGACAGUGUGUCCCAAAAGCUACUGGACAUCAUUUUAGUUAACAUCAUUGAACCUUGGAAGAGUCAGAACCGCCAAGCAUAUGACUUAGCUAAAGACUUGAUCAAACGCACAUCAAAUGCCAUUGAACCCUACAUUCAAACUUUUUUCAACAAUGCUUUAAUGCUGGGCAAGACCUCGGAGAGUGAAGUAUCGGAUCACAUCUUUAAGCUGAUCUACGAACUCAACAUGAUAUCCCCCAGUAUUCUUUUAGCUGUGUUACCACAGUUGGAGUUCAAACUUAAGAGUAAUGAUGAGGGUGAAAGAAAGGCAGUCACCAAGUUGUUGGCACGUAUGUUUUCAGACACAGACUCGGACCUUGCUGUUCAAAACAAGCCACUGUGGCUGUGCUUUUUAGGGAGAUUUAAUGAUAUCAGUGCGUCAGUGAGGACUAUAUGUGUGCAGUACAGCCAGCAGUUUUUGAUUAACCACCCAGCUCUGAGGGGAGACAUGACAGAAAACUUGAAGCAGCGUCAACAUGACCAGGAGGAGAAUAUUCGCUAUGAUGUUGUCCAGUCCAUCAUUGCCGCAGCCAAGAAAGACUUGCCUGGUAUCAAUGAUGAACUGCUGGGUUUUGUCAAGGAGAGAACACUGGACAAGAAAUUCAAGGUGCGCCGUGAAGCACUGUUGGGGCUGGGGCACCUGUUUAAGAAGGUAAUGUCCAAGUCUGAAGACACUGAAGAAAACAAGGAGCUGCGUAAGAGGGUGGACUGGAUGAAGGACAGAGUGAUCAAUGGGUACUACCAGACCAAUAUAGAAGACAGACUUGUUGUGGAGAGAAUCUUCAACACGUGCCUUGUGCCAUACAUGCUGGAUGUGAAGGAACGCAUGAAGCGACUUUAUUACUUGUAUGCAACUCUAGACCAAAGUGCCAUUAAAGCACUGAAUGAGCUGUUGAAGAUGCAGUACAGUUUGAGGUGUCAUGUCCGCGGCUUGUUAGACUUACACAGUAGAGAUCUGCAGACAGCAGACAGUGUCAGCCUCAUGAUGUCCAAGGUUUAUUUUCUAUCAAGUAAGUAG